AUGGUGCCAAAACGGUAUAUGAUGAUGUCCAUUCUUCUUUUGGUCGUUUGGAUCGCCUUUUAUACAAGAUUAGGUCGGAAUGGAGAUGACCAUAUGCACAAGGUCAAUAGCUGGAUAACUACGGGCACAAAGCUUGAGGCUUACUCGCCUUGUACAGAGAAUAUAGCCUGGCUUGAACCAUACAAGUUUUCCUAUCCCAUUCGCUAUGUUUCCCGCAACAUUACAGCUGUGCAGACUCCAAAUAAAUCAAGGUCAUCCAUCACUGUUAUGGAUAAGCCACUAUUUGCUGGUUUCACUACAGUUGACUUGAAGCAAUCUUCGGAAGUUUCAAACAAUGAAUGUCUUCCUUCACUCACAAUAGAAGUUUCGCGCACUAAAGUGCCGCCGGUAGAUGCUUCUAACAUCAUUUUUGGAUUACAGACGACAAUAGCAAGACUCAGAGACACAGUGAAGCACCUGGCUCGGUGGCUACCACAUACAGGUGCCAGACUAUUUGCCAUAGUGAUUGAAAAUGAAGAAAAUCCGGCAGACGAAGUGGAGAUGGUAGAUUUAGAAAGAAAGUUUCAUGCUCUCGGUAUGAAUGUCACAAUAAUGCACCCAGUCAGACGGAUCGAUAGCUUUGCGCAACGAUACUUUUCACUUGUAUCGGUCAUGUACAGAGCUCGUGAUGAGAAAACUCAGUGGAUUUGCUGUAUUGACGAUGACACAUUCUUUCCCAGCAUGUAUGACCUCCAGGCCAUGCUCAUUAAAUACGAUACAAGUGAACCGCUUUAUCUCGGUUCCUUGAGUGAGGACUGGUGGGCUGUUCAACACUAUGGUCUAAUGGGAUUUGGCGGAGCUGGUAUUUUCCUUUCCCUGCCCAUGGCAUCAAUUAUCUACAACAACCGUAAUGAAUGCAGCGAAAAUUUGAGGACCACGGCGGGCGAUGUUACAGUGAUGGAUUGCAUUUACCGAUUCUCUACAGUCAAACUUACCCAUAUUCCAGGCCUGCAUCAGAUCGAUAUGCACGGGGAUCUUUCGGGAUUUUACGAAUCAGGUCGCGAAAUGCUCUCCCUGCACCAUUGGAAAGAAGGAUCGUCUACGGAAUUUAAGCUAGAGAUGGAAAAGAUGCACUUAAUUGCUGACCUCUGUGACUCCUGUUUUCUGCAGCGUUGGCAAUUCUCCAACGAUGUGAUUGUCACUAACGGCUUUUCCAUCAGUGCUUUCUCCAAAGGUCAUAUAUCUCAACCCAAAAAUUUAAUAUCAGAUAGUGCCGGGAUGGAAAAAAUCAAUCUCGAUGCCGUGGAAUACACCUGGAACGACAAUAUCAACGUUUUACAUAGUUUAGCGCCAACGCGUGAUAAGUUAGAUGAAAGUAUUAAGACAAGCUACAGGCUAUUGGAUAGCAUACAUAUCAAUGAAAACUCGUCUGGGAUCCGUCAAAUUUACUUUCGGGAAGGAAAACAGAAGUCUUAUUAUACUGGGCGGGAAAUGGAUACUGUCAUCGUACUAAAUUGGCUCCAAGAUAACGAGAAAUUUUCGUCGGAUUUUCGUCCAGGCUGA